AUGGCGCCGGCGUUGAAGUCGUUCCUGAUUAUUCUCUUCGGCCUACUCUGCCUGGUUCUGCAGAAUGCAGAGGUUUUUGCAACCGCUUUGGGGCAGAACUCCGGCUACGUUGUUCCGGGGACGGAACUUCAGUUCCGUGGCGAAACAACCACAGUCGCCCACCGGAAGCUGAUGCAGACUCCGUCACCAAUGCAAACGCUAGGUACGGUCGCAUCCAUGUGCGCGCCUGACGAUUCGCUUUCGAACCCGCUGACCCGCGUGUACUGCUACUACAAUGUGACAAUCGGCGGUGUCCCCUCCACGUCAUUAGCGGCCUGCACGUACAACGCAACCGGUGGUCUCCUUCCGAUUCCUACGGCCAAUGUUUCUAGAGCCACCCCACCAGUACCCAAAGUCUCCUGCGCAGGAAGUUUCGUCCUCAACUCUUGCCCAGCGUCGGUUCAGCCGACCUCUGCAAACGCGAGCGCCUUGUACCAGCAGACUCUUUGCGUGUACGUUGUGAAUGGAUCAACCGCAAUUUCAUCGCUUUGCGCUUACAACGCGACUGGCACGUUAACUGGGGGAUUUAAGGGCUCCUCCUGCCCAACAGUGAUUGGCGGGCCCCCGACGCGUGCUCUGACGCCUGCUCUGACGCCAGCACUGACGCCAGCACUGACGCCAGCUCCACUAGUACUGCCAAGUGGCGUCACGGUGGGGCCCGUCUGCCCACUCGUCGAUCUGCAAAACAACCGAUUCGGGCGGUUGGAUUGCUUCUACCAGCCUCAGCUGACGCCUGCAAGUUCGGGAGACUGUAACUACGAUAUAGUCACCGGUCGUCUCGUACUUCCCGGCUCCGCCUCCUAA